UAUUUUACUCUAUUCCUCCUCAAUUCCCAUUUCUUUUGUACUCUCCAGUAUUUAAAAUUAAAGACACAGUGUGAAUCUUCAGUGAGUAGGAUGAGUAAUAAUAUCAUGUUCUAACUGGACUACAAAACCCAUAACCAUCACAUCAACUCUUGAUAUUUUGUUGUACAAAUGUUAUUAAACACUUUUUGAUACUUUUGUGCCUUUAUGUUUCAGACCAACUCGAUAUUUUGUUGUACAAAUGUUGAUUAUUAAACACUUUUUGAUACUUUUGUGCCUUUAUGUUUUACUAAGGUUAGGAAAAUGAGAAAAACGCACACACACACUUAAAAAAAGAGAGAAGUAGAAAGGGUCGGGAAAAGGUAAUUAAGAAACGUACAUAAAGUAGCUACAGGUGAUUAACAGUUUAUGGAGGACUUGGAAAUAAAUGACCAUAUUUUCACGGUAAUUUUAUUCCACAAAUACUGAAAUGAAACUCAAAGGCCAUGGCAACCGAUUCUGGUUCAAAGAGUGAGACUCAUCCUUCAUUUCCCGUUGAUGGAUGCACUUCAGCUCAAAGCACUGGUCGUGGCUAGGAAGCGAGGACCAGGACCACCGAUCGGCGGAAGGGGGAAGCCCUGCACGCCAGGCGCAGACUCCCAGGCUUCACCGUGAGGUCUCCUAAGGGAGUCUCGCAUCUCCAGCCAAGUGACAGAAAGCCUCUCUCCAGGAGAGCGGACGGAGGGUCAAGCGGCCGAGGCGCCACAGGAUAACCCGCCGCUUCGCCCACGGGGGACUCAGUCCCAGUGGACACCGUUCCGCCACCCACGCAGCUUUCCGAGCCGCCUCUAGGCGCUCCCCGCGCCUUCAAAGGAGCGGCCGGCUGCGCCCACCUCACCACGCAAGCCUGGCUCCUCAGAGGCUCCGCGGCGGGCAGAGCUAGAGGCAGCGGGCACCCGACGAGGCUGCAGGCUCGGCAGGGGAUUGCUUCUGUCUGGGGCCCGCCGAGGAGGCGUUCGUGCCUGGCGCGCACCCGCUCCGCGUUCGCCCAGCCAAUCCCGCGCUACUCGCGCGCCCAGGAGCGUUCCCCAGUCCCACUCAGGUUGGGCCGGCUCCUUCCCGCUCCAGGUACUCCGCAGCCGAGCUCUCACUCCUCCCCGCACUCUCCACGAGUUGCUCGCCUCGGGGUGUAGCUCCGCCCCUGUCCCCGAGUCCGCCCCCGCAGCCUCCAGAGCGUGUGCUCCCUUCUCCCCUCAGUCUCUUGCCAUCCAGGCGUCUCGGGUCUCCCACUCCGUGGAGCCAGGCGGUCUCUCCGGCCUUGCUCUGCCGCCUCCGCGCGCUCUCCCACCUCAAGCUCGCGUCUGCCCCGCCGGCCUCGGGGUCGCGCGGCCAGACUCCGCCCCCUCCGCGGACCCGCGCACUCCUGGCGCGGCCUCUCCCCCACGCAGGCCACUGGGCGCUCGGCCCCCUCCUUCCCGCUCGCCUCGCGCUCCCCGGGCGCCCUCGCUCUCGCGCUUUCCGAGGCAGGCAGGCGCGCUCCCGGCCGGCGCGCUCCGGGCUCCGGCUUCUCCCGGCUCCUGUCAGUGCGGUGACUGCGCUGGGAAACAUGGCGACCGAGGGAAUGAUCCUCACCAACCACGACCAUCAAAUCCGCGUCGGAGUCCUCACAGUGAGUGAUAGCUGCUUCAGGAAUCUUGCAGAAGACCGCAGUGGGAUAAAUCUUAAAGAUCUUGUCCAAGAUCCUUCUUUGUUGGGUGGGACUAUAUCAGCAUACAAGAUAGUACCAGAUGAAAUAGAAGAAAUCAAGGAAACUCUCAUAGAUUGGUGUGAUGAAAAGGAACUUAAUUUGAUAUUAACAACUGGAGGAACAGGAUUUGCACCACGGGAUGUCACCCCAGAGGCCACAAAAGAAGUAAUAGAACGGGAAGCACCAGGGAUGGCCCUGGCAAUGCUGAUGGGAUCACUUAAUGUUACACCUCUGGGCAUGCUCUCUAGGCCUGUAUGUGGAAUCAGAGGGAAAACUCUCAUAAUUAACCUACCUGGGAGCAAGAAAGGAUCUCAGGAAUGCUUUCAGUUCAUACUGCCAGCUCUACCUCAUGCCAUUGACCUCUUACGUGAUGCCAUUGUAAAAGUAAAGGAGGUGCAUGAUGAACUUGAAGAUUUACCUUCCCCACCACCUCCUCUUUCUCCACCUCCUACAACUAGCCCCCAUAAACAGACAGAAGACAAAGGGGUUCAGUGUGAGGAAGAGGAAGAAGAAAAGAAAGACAGUGGUGUUGCUUCAACAGAAGAUAGUUCCUCAUCACAUAUAACUGCAGCAGCCAUUGCCGCAAAGAAGCAUCCAUUCUACACCAGUCCUGCUGUUUUCAUGGCACAUGAUGGGCAGCCCAUCCCUGGUCUCAUCAGUUAUUCCCAUCACGCAACAGGCAGUGCCGAUAAACCGAUUCCAGACUCCAUCAUUUCCCGUGGUGUUCAGGUGCUCCCACGAGACACAGCCUCCCUCAGCACUACUCCUUCAGAAUCGCCUCGUGCUCAGGCUACAUCUCGCCUUUCUACAGCCUCCUGUCCAACACCAAAAGUCCAGUCCAGGUGCAGCAGCAAGGAGAACAUUCUCAGAGCAAGUCACAGUGCCGUCGAUAUCACCAAGGUGGCUAGAAGACACCGUAUGUCUCCUUUCCCUCUGACAUCUAUGGACAAAGCCUUUAUUACAGUCCUGGAGAUGACUCCGGUGCUUGGUACAGAAAUCAUCAAUUACCGAGAUGGAAUGGGGCGAGUCCUUGCUCAAGAUGUAUAUGCAAAAGACAACCUGCCCCCAUUUCCAGCAUCAGUAAAAGAUGGCUAUGCUGUUCGAGCUGCUGAUGGCCCAGGAGAUCGUUUCAUCAUUGGGGAGUCCCAAGCUGGUGAACAGCCAACUCAGACAGUAAUGCCAGGACAAGUGAUGCGGGUUACAACAGGUGCUCCAAUCCCCUGCGGUGCUGAUGCAGUAGUGCAAGUGGAAGAUACUGAACUUAUCAGGGAAUCAGAUGAUGGUACUGAAGAACUUGAAGUGCGAAUUCUGGUGCAGGCUCGACCAGGCCAAGAUAUCAGACCCAUCGGCCAUGACAUUAAAAGAGGGGAGUGUGUUUUGGCCAAAGGAACUCACAUGGGCCCCUCAGAGAUUGGUCUCCUGGCAACUGUAGGUGUCACAGAGGUUGAAGUUAAUAAGUUUCCAGUGGUUGCCGUCAUGUCAACAGGGAAUGAGCUCCUAAAUCCUGAAGAUGACCUCUUACCAGGAAAGAUUCGAGACAGCAAUCGUUCAACCCUCCUAGCAACAAUUCAGGAACACGGUUACCCCACAAUCAACCUGGGAAUUGUGGGAGACAACCCAGAUGACUUACUCAAUGCCUUGAAUGAGGGUAUCAGUCGUGCUGAUGUCAUCAUCACAUCAGGAGGUGUAUCCAUGGGGGAAAAGGACUAUCUCAAGCAGGUGCUGGACAUUGAUCUUCAUGCUCAGAUCCAUUUUGGCAGGGUUUUUAUGAAGCCAGGCUUGCCAACAACAUUUGCAACUUUGGAUAUUGAUGGUGUAAGAAAAAUUAUUUUUGCACUACCAGGGAAUCCUGUAUCAGCUGUGGUCACCUGCAAUCUCUUUGUUGUGCCUGCACUGAGAAAGAUGCAGGGUAUCUUGGAUCCUCGGCCAACCAUCAUCAAAGCCAGGUUGUCAUGUGAUGUAAAACUGGACCCUCGCCCAGAAUACCACCGGUGUAUAUUGACUUGGCAUCAUCAAGAACCACUGCCUUGGGCACAGAGUACAGGUAAUCAGAUGAGCAGCCGUCUGAUGAGCAUGCGCAGCGCCAAUGGAUUAUUGAUGCUACCUCCAAAGACAGAGCAGUACGUGGAGCUCCACAAGGGCGAGGUGGUGGAUGUCAUGGUCAUUGGGCGGCUAUGAUGGUCACCAACAGGAGAGAGCAUUGAUGCAUGUCCACAUAUCAUUGACUGUAUCCUGUAAUAUGCAACGGCACAGCUAGUUUUUCUGAUUUGGAUAAAAAAGUUGAUCUGUAUAGUCAACAUCUUGAACUAUACUUUCAAAUGAAUUUAAAUACCUUUUAAAGGAAAAAAAAACCUAAGAAUAAAUCUUAACAGACAACCCUAUUCUGAUUAUAUCAAAGCAAAAUUUCCUUUCUUGCAAAUUGCUUUGUGUGUUCAAUUCUAGGUCUGAUAGCGAUAGCUUUUAGUAGACAGCGGUAGGUGCCUGCAGAACUUGUGUUUUCCUCAUCUUUAAAAUACAACUACUUAUGCUCUUAAUCAAGGCUGUCUGCUUAUUUAUACUAGUAUAGGCAACACUUGGAUUUCCCUUCUUAGUAUGCUUCAUAACCGCUUUACAGAGAGCUUUUGCUUGUUCUUUAUCAUGUAUCUCGUGUUUAUGUGCUCCGUGCCAAAAGAAGAGUGACUGAGCGGAGGCCCUGCCCUUCCGCAAGAACCACCCUGCUGAGCACCCAGGGGAGUGCUCACCCUAGCAGCCUCAUGGCACAGUACUCUUGGGCAGUACCUGGAUACCUUUUAUUUGAACAAACAAACUGGGGGAAAGAUGCUUCCUUAAGUGCUGACAGCCUUUUUAACCAACACAUUUAAAAUUGUACAGAACAAAAAAAAAAUAAUAAUAAAAUCAAAGACUGAUCUUGUACAGAUAUUAGUGUUACCAGCAUUCAUGUGGAAAUCAAGAGCAAAGACAAAAUAAUGUUAAACAACUCUGUACCAUAACAUUUUCUGUAAUGAUACUGAACUUAAUGAAUAAAAAAAAAAAAUCCUUGAUCAUUAUUUAAAAAUGU